GGCGCGAGACGCGGCGGGGGUGUGGAACAGCCCGUGCCCGGGGACCAGCGAGGCCCUCCCCGGCCCUAGGAGGACUAUGAACAAGGAUGGGAUCACAUGUGUUGGAAGAAAUCCAGUUAUGUCUUGGUGGACAGCACAGAUGCAGCAGUCUUCAGGGCCUGUUUACUGAAAAAUCUCUCACAUGAUGCUCCAGUUGCAGUUUGCCGAAUGUGCCUCCAAGAACCAGGAGAUCCUGAAAAGUUAGGGGAGUUUCUGCAAAGAGAUAACCUCCGUAUCCAUUAUUUCUGUCUUAUCCUGUCCAGUGGGCUGCCUCAGCGGGGCCGGGCUAGUGAUGGCUUCCAUGGAUUCUUACCUGAGGACAUCAAAAAGGAGACAAGCCGAGCUGCUAGGAAGGCUAGAAACCCUGAAAAUACGGGCCUCUGCCCCCUUUUCUGUCCCUUUCCUUUCCCCCUGUUGGGUUCUGAGAGCUUAUUGAGCACAGUGCCUUCCCCAUCUGCUCCAGAUUCUGGUGGGCUGGAGGUCCUAAUUGAGGAGGGAGCAGACAAGCCCUGGAGGUUUCAUAGGGGCCCCCUACCCCUAUCAACCAGGGCACUGCCAUUUUUCGCAGAUGUGCUGGGGGCUAUGGUUUCUCCUUUCUGGGGCUGUGAGCACUGUCUGGGGUUUCAAUUACAGACCUGCUUUGUGUGCAAGAAAAAGGGAGCUGCCAUCUUCUGCCAGAAGGAAAGGUGCCGAAGAAACUUCCAUUUACCCUGUGGCCGAGAGAGAGGCUGCAUCUCACAGUUUUUUGGAGAGUACAAAUCAUUUUGUGAAAAACAUCGCCCAACACAGGACAUUCAACCAGAGAAACGGGCAGAGGAGGACUGCAUCUUGUGUUGUGAAAGCUUAUCUGGAGGGAAUGAUGAUAACAUUCAGAGUCCAUGCUGUAGUCGUAUGAUGUACCACCGAAAGUGCAUACAGGUGGGGAGGUUUACCCGUCUCAGGCUCCCCCUGAGGCCUGUACCACUGUCUGACCUGGAAGCAAAAGCAUCCAAGUGAAUGCCCAGAAAUAUGCCCAUUCAUCAGCAAAGCAUUUCUUCAAAUGUCCUCAAUGUAAUAAUCGAGAGGAAUUUCCUAAAGAAAUGUUAAGAAUG